AAGAAUCUGAAUUUGAAUUAACUCAAGAUGAACUGGAGCAUAUAGCACGUGUUUCAUGCAUGGCUGAAGAAGCAUUUGGCAAACUUCAAGCACUGCAAAAUCCUCAAACAAAAUUGCCCACUGAUAAGGAUUUGGUUGAAGAUGAAGGUCGGAUAAUCUCGGAUUACGAGGAAUACAACGUGAAGGAAGCAGAAGAAUUUUCAGAACAAAGUCAAUCGAAAACAAGUUCUGCAACGUCAGGUCCAGACUCUCCACAAGAAUCAGUGGAUAUGAAGAUGUAUUCGAUUCUGCCGUCUGGUGAUAUUGUUCAAAGUUUACAUCCGGAAAUUGAAAUGGAAUAUACUGCACUGCAACAAUUCCAUUCCACCCAUAGUAAUAAUUUUAUGAACAAUCUAAGGAUAUCUGCUGAAAAAACUACAGUAAAAUCACUUGAAGCGCAAGGGAGUUUAAGAAAUGUUGAAAAUAGAUAUGCAAAGCUUGCACAUCAGGAAACUGUUAGAUCGCAUAUUAUUGCAAGUCGCAGUGAGGACUUUGAGCAUUCAGACAGAACAGGAAAAAAUUUGGAUUUAUCUACCUCUGAACCUGAUGCGACCAUUUUGACCACAACUGGAGUUGCAAGAAGUGCCAUAUUAAUUGAUGAAUCUAUAACAAAUGGUCAGUCGGCAUUAUUAGGAGAUUUAAUUGAAAAAUCAUUCAUUCAUUUUGAUAUUCCACAAGUUGCGCGAGUUGCUUCCAUGGCAAAUAUGGAUUAUUUGAAUGAAAAACAGCAUCAAGAAAACAGAACUCUUCUUAUUAACAAUGAGCAAAUCAAAGUGGAUGGUGAUAUUCGGAAGCCUGGGAUUGAAUUAACUAUAGAAGAUUUGGAGAAUUCCUCAAAAAUUGUUCCAUCAGUCGAAUCCCUGAGCCAUUCGCAAAAAGAAUUCGCAUUUGAAGAACUGUGGGAACGACAGACGGAACAAGGAGAACAGCAUCAAGAACAAUCGACUAUUGGUAAAUCCGUGACUGAAUCAUUAAAAAACGACUCCCGUAUUGGAGUUCACAGAAACGGUCAGUUGUUCGAAAAUGAUACCAGUCACUUUUUGAAGAAAACAAGUUCUAAAUACAAAGAAAUAGUUGUAGGUGAAAGAAACACCAUGCUUAUCAAAGAUAAAUCAUAUCCACGAAUUCAACCUAACGGAAAAGUUGAAUUUAGUUUAGAGCAUUCGAACCACUAUCUCAUUGAUAGAUUCAACGUUACUUCAACAGUAACUUAUACAGAUCGACUUUAUAAAAAAAUGACACGUAAUCUUCGAUUUUCGGAAAAGAUGCCACACUAUGGAAGAGCUAAUUUCUGGAAAACGUUUAAUAACCAGAAAGAAUAUUCCCCGGAAAAACAUAUUGAAGGUAUGAAGCCAACAUUUACUCGCGCUUCUAGUGUUUUUGUAGUUUACACUGAUCAAAAUUUGCUUGCUUCACAAUCUGGAAUACCAGGAAAAAUAGGAAAGAACGAUAGCACUGAAAAAACACUAAGUGAUCAAAGUAAUACAGAAUCGAUUGCAACAAGCAAGGUUGAAAACUCAAGAGAUAUCGAAAUUUGCUCUAUAAAACAAAAAUAUUUAACUUCUGACACGAAUGCAGUUGUGCCUGUUUUAGAAGAUAGAUGGGAAAGAUCUGAGGAGAGUGGAUCUCUGUUGUCACAUUCCAUGUUUACAAAAACGGAGAGUGGCGAAGGUAAGGAAUCGUUAAAACGUUCUUUAACGUCGCUAUUGAAAAAUGAGAAACCUCGAGGGACUCACCAAACGAAUGUCUUUGAACGCUGUGAGCGAGAAAGCAUUGCUGGUGAUGGAUCCAUGCUGCAUCAUGCAGACUGCUUGAUGCGCCUCAAUUUUUUCGCAGAACGGAUAACAGAACAAGUCGCCGAACUUGCUGCUAUGGAGUUAGGAAAUCGCUUCAGAGCUGAGCUUAAUCCAAGAGCUAGGUACUUCUUACAAAUGCGCGCUAAUAUCGAAACCCAAGCGGAGUCAGCACCUAUUACUCCUUCCGAAAGUGAUGAAGAAAUUGAGGGAAAGAUCACAUUGAGCUCAACAGAAAAAAGAGAACAGCAAUCAGUAACAGUGUCAGAAACCGGAUCUUCUCCUCGAAGUUCGUCUUGGUUUUUUUUAUUUGGAAGUGGUACGGCUAAUGGAGAAGAUAGGCCACGUUCUCCAAUAUCAUUUCUCUGGCGAACAAGUCAUCGGCAAAGCGACGCAUCGAGUCGAAGAAGUUCUCCUGAUGGAAGAAACGAAUUUAUGGAUUUGCUUCGAAGAACAUCUGGAGCUUCAAGCAAUGGUUCCGAUAUGAGUACAAAAUUACCUGAUAGCGCAUUAGCUGGUCUUUCAAGUGAGGAGCGUGAGCAUAUUGAAAAAGUACUGAGUGCAGCGAAUCGACGGUCUCGAAGUAGCCAGUCAACACCAACGGCUUCUAGAAGACAAUCUAUUUACAAGCUUCCGGACAUGAAUGAUUUCGAAUUAUGUGAACGAGUACACAUCGAAGGUGUUAUUGAAAAAGCCGAAAAAGGAGCAUUCCCAUUUGUCAUCAAAGUUACAAAUGCGGAUACUGUCAGAGAAGAUUCAAUGAAUGCUGAUGAUGAAGAGAAAUUCGACAACAUUGUUAAUCAAACAGCAAAUAACACAAAUGAACCUGAAGAGUCAGUAUAUGACAAAUCAAAGGUUUUGCUAGACAAACCAACAAGAAGCACUUCUUUAUCUGAAAGAGUGGAUAAACAGCAAAAUGAGGAAAUUGAGGUAGCACCGGAAACUAGUAUAAUGAAAGUUGAACUGGAAUCAAGUUUGGAUGCAAAAGCCGAUCUCGAGAAGAGCAGGGGAAGUGAAGAAAUUAGCUGUGAAAUUUCAGAUGCAGAGAUGGAGCAUAUUCGAAAAGUCGCAGAAGCAGCUAUGAUGAUGGAAGCUGAUAAUCAGUGGAUAAGUUGGUCAAACAGUUGUAAAGAAAUUGUCAAAAAUUCACAGAAUAUGACAGCUGCCAAUUCAUUAACAGAAUCGAAGAGAGCAGAGGAAUUAAGUACUUCAGAAAGUCCCAACAUAGAUAUUCCAACCACAGUUUUUUCCGAUGAAAUGAUGGAACCGGAAAAGAUAUUAACAAGAGAAAUGGUUUGUGAAAUACACAAACAGAAAGUGGAAGAUUUGAAAACAAAUGAAGCUAACAGCAUGGGCGAUAAUUCUCCUCAAACAGCACCAAGUUUGAAAUCAUUUGUAAUAAAAACGAAUCCUUUUGAGAGAGACUUGAGCAAAGCAAAGUCUGUCACCAUAAGUGCGGAAGAAAUGAAAAUCUUUCAAAAUUACGAAGAACAAGAGAAGAAAUUAACUGAGGAGGUAACAAUGCAUAUCGAGGGGCUUGAAAGACAAAUAACAGAGCCGGAAGAAUUCGAGAAUUCUAUUUCGAGAGAAGUAAUGGAAACUAAGAUUCUGAACCUGACUGAUGAAGACUUGGCACAAAUCGAGUUGGUUGAUGAACGGGCAAAACAAUUGGGGAAAUCAAACGAAUUCAAUGUUUUUACACCUGAAGAAACAGUGAAAUACAAAUACCAGAAAGUACAAGAUAUUUGUGUGAUCGAUGAAAAAGAAUUAGGACAAACAAGAGUUGCUGGAAGACGGAUAAAAGAAUUGCAAACUGUUGACGGAUCAUUUCCAUGUGGAUUCAAACAGGAGUUGUUGCAAACAAAUGCUUGGGAGGGACAAAUGAAAGAGUUGAGAGUAGAGGAAAGAGUAGUUGUUGAGAAUCUAAAAGAAAACAAAGAAAUUAGCCUUUCCGAGAAUACUUUGAUAAGUACUGUUGAAGAAAAUGCAAAACAUUUAGAAGAAAAUAAUUUCAUUGAGAAAAAAGAAACGAUGACAAUAGAAGAUCAUAACAAAAUAAAUGAUACUACGGCGGAAUUGAUGCAAAUGCGAGCCGUAAAACAACGAGCAAAACAGAUGGAGGAAUUUUUCAUUCUUGAAGGAUAUGCAGCAAAAGUAUUUGAAGAGAAGAAAAGAAAGGAUUCAAACUUGGUGACGAAUAGGCUGGCUGCUGAAGAAAAGUCUCAAAAUCAUUUAACUGAGGCUGAAUUGGAACAUAUCAAAGAAGUGGAGAGAAAUGCUAUUUGGCAGCUUGAAAUGCCGCUUCUGGACACGACCGCUAAAGUAAAUCAAGUGAAACUACAGCAAAAAAAUGUAGCACUGAGUGAAGUUGCUUUCAAUAAAUUUGUUAGCAUUUUGAAUCCAUUCAAGAAUAGUGUGAUUACGACGUUGUCCUUUAAAAGUAACUUCGAUGAGGCAAAACUUUCCCAAAACAUUGCAUCUUCAGGAGAUGUAUCAAAAACAAACAAGCAAAUCGUAGAAGAAUCAAUGGAGUCAUAUCUUGAAAAUCAAAAUUUCAAAACGGAUAUACCAACAAUAAAGGAAGCUGAUUAUACUUACAAUGAUAUUGAAGUUUUGGAAACAAUGAAAGAUUUAUCUUCCCCGCAAACAACUAAUGAAUAUCCUGAAAAUCAAGAUUUAGAGCAUAUGUCCUCAAGUGAAUCAUCUGAUUUUGGUCCGGGAACAUCAGAUGAAGAUGAAGAAAUAGAUCAGAACAGUAUGAAGUCGUUCAACCUGUUUUCCGGAACAAUCUCUUCAGUUCCAGAAUUUGAAGACGAUGGUAUUUCAAAAGUGGAGAAGCCUUCAGCAAAGUAUGGUACCGUCAAGAAUAAGGAUUUGUCAAUAAAUGUUAAUUCAAGCCCUAUUCAUAAGGAACUUUUGCCAAACAGUGGAGCAGUAUACAGUUAUGGAAUAUCGCAAAGCGAACAGAUUUUAGGCAUAACCUCUUCUCCGUCAACACAAGUUUCUGUACGGUUGAGCACAAAAAGUAGUGCUACCGAUCAACAAACCGUUGAUAGAUUUGCUGGGCUAACACAGGAAGAAAUUGAACAUAUUAAAAUGGUUGAUCUUCAUUUCGAACUUGAGAAUGCAAAAGAUAUAUCAAAAAUCUCUACACAUAAUGUCAAGAAUUCAGAAGUUGAAUCUGUAAGCGAAACGAUUCUGGAUACUGAAGAAUAUGAACCACAAGAAAGAGAGUCAGCAGUUGAUGUAAGAGGAUCAGAAGCCUUAUAUUUCAUUAACGUUGAUGAUAAAGUAAGAUCUGAUAGUUAUAAAGGCAUCGAAUCCAUGGAAAGUGAAAAGGACAUAAUAUACGACAGAAGUCAAAUAUCGCUGAAGAGAUUUACUGUAAAUGAUAAAUUGUUGGAGUAUUCGGCUGAAAGGGAUUUGACAGUUGGUCAAAGAAACAAGUCAUGGCAAAGUGCAAAUGCGGAACAGGAUAAUAAAAUGAAAUCAUUAGAGGAACUUGGCCGCGAAACAAACAUCGGGAAAUGGUAUGAAGAACGUUUAAGUUCGCUGAGAAAUUCAUUAUGUAUUGAAGAAACUCCUGAAACUCCAGGUUUUGAUUUGAAAUUAUAUAAUUUGACAAUAAUCAUUACGAAAGAGACACUCUUAUGGUUCAAUGAAAUUUAUUCAAUAAAAUAA